GCCACUCGCAAGUUUAGGAUUUUAGGGUUAGGGUUUUUCGAUUUAGGGACCCAAUCACCAACCAACUGAACCUCGAUUUCUUCAUUCAACGGCGGAGAUGGCGACUGUCAAUGACACGACGGCAGUGGAGGUAGAAAAUCAACAACCGGAGCAAGGAGGAAGAGGAGUUGUGAAGAGGAAGCCGGUGUUUGUGAAGGUGGGUGAACUGAAACCUGGAACCAACGGCCAUACCCUCGCCGUUAAGGUUCUAUCUUCGACAACCGUUUUGGACAAGAAAUCACGCAAUUCUUCGUCAUUCAGUAGCCGACCCGGCGCUGCCAACACUCGCAUCGCGGAGUGCCUUAUCGGCGAUGAAACCGGCACCAUUCUCUUUACGGCUCGUAACGAUCAAGUCGAUUUGAUGAAGCCUGGAAAUACUGUGAUAAUCCGAAAUGCAAAGAUUGACAUGUUCAAAGGGUCGAUGAGACUAGCGGUUGAUAAAUGGGGACGCAUUGAGGUGACUGAGCCUGCAAGUUUUACGGUUAAGGAGGAUAACAACUUGUCUCUUGUGGAGUACGAGUUGGUGAAUGUUGCUGAAUAAUGAAUGAGUCGGGAUCUUAAUGACUUUUCUCCUACCAUGGUGUGAGGUAUAAAUUUUCUCGAGGGGUUUCGGGUAUACAACUGCUGGGAGGGGUCAGUUUAGUCUUUCUUGUUGAUAUAAUUUUAACAUGUAAUAGAACUAAGUGUAAUGGCCUUCAAAGUGGUUACUUUGUAAAAAAAGAUCUUUUGAAUACCCUUGGUCUAUGUUUACAUUGAUUUAAGUAUUUAAUUAGAUGUGUAAGAUUGUGUUGUUAUUAGUAAAUA